UAAUUGUGUGCAGAACACGCAGUGCUUCCUCAACGUCCAAUCAUCGUACGUGUCAACUCAUGUUCGAUUAUUUGUGAUCAUAACUUCCGUGAAAACAAACAAAUUAUCAGGUGAUAAAUCUGAAAACUGUAAUUUGUUCAUCUCGAAACUUCAUUGAAAGGCAAAACGAUGAAGACGACAAAUUGGAUGUGUUGGCUAUUGAUCGCGUGUAUCUGCCUUGUUGAAGCUAGAUACAAGAUUAGAAGACCCCCAUUGCCUCCCCCACAGCCUCCUAAACUGAUGUUCAAGAAAUCAUGGCCAAUUACUCAUAGAAUUUCGAUGGGAAAUACAAUGCAUAUCAAUGGAAAUUUCCCAUUGAAACGAAUAACUCACAAACCGUCGAAUUAUAGAAUUCGUCGACCUCCGAUGUUCAAUGUGCCAUCUACCAUUUGGAAAAACCAGAUUCCAAUAAGAACUUCUUUAAAUAAUCAUGCGGUUUUACCACAACGUCCACCAGUUAAAGAAUUCCAUACCGUAAAUAAAAUGCCGGAAUAUAGUCCUGAAUACAGACCGGAAGCUGCUGUUUUGCCACCAACUCAUAGAGGUGGUGUCGAUGAUGACAAGGGACCAAUUCAUACGAUUCCUGCGCCUAAUCUGAGUCCCAUGGAUAAGCCUUUCAAUAAUGAAGCGAAUAUAGAAGAAAAUUCACGUCAACAAACAACUGAUGCUGCUUACAAAAUCAAUCCACAUGGCUCCUUAUUACCAAAUUUUGAUCUUGCUACUAUUAGCACGAGUUUAACACCGCAGAAAACUGUAACGAGUCCCACUCCAGCGCAUAAUUACGAAGUAACUGAAAGCAAUGAUAUUAGUCAAAAAGAAUAUCAGACCGUUUUACCGACAUUCUUGCCUCCAGAUUUUGCAACUCUUUCAACAUUGGUGAAUCCUGACUUACAAACAAAUGAUGUUUAUUUAAAUAAUCAUCCAGCGUCGAAUAUAGGCCUCAUCGGAACAAACAUUCAACUCGGACAGCCCAACCUACCGAUGCAAACUAAUCUUCAUAGUUCAUUGCACGUUGGUUUCCCUGGUACAGCUGGUCAGACUCCGUAUAUUAUAAAUCAACAAAUACCUGAUCUACAUGUUGGUCAUCCGGCUCCUGCAGGCCCUCCGCUUUCAGCAACUCAACUUUACGAUCUUUUAAACAGCUUUCCUCAAAAGAUGCCAGAACAAUAUCAAACAGGUCAACAACCACAACUUCAACAACUUGGUCAAUUCUUUCAACCUACUGGUGUAACUGGUUUCUCACAGCCCCAGAUGCAAUCGUUCAAUUACGAUGAGCAAGAUAAUAAGGAGCAGCAGCAACAGCAACAAGUCUUGUUCAAUCAAGAUUACGUCGCUGGAAGAGUUAAUACGAAUUACAACGUUGGACCGGAGACUUCCAUAAAUGAUGAAGAAAAUGCUGGUUUGCAACAAAACGAAGAUCUCAGUUAUAUUACUGAUGGAAACGAACAAUUAGAAAAUAACAUUGAAUACGAGGAAAAUAAUGAUCAAAAGGGUCAAACGACAUAUUUUAAUAAAGUGGCUAAUGAUGAUGGAAUUUCUACGCAAUUUUAUACGACACUACCCAAUCGUGAAGCUGCAGAAAAAUUGGCAGCUCUAGCAGCUGCUGGAAAUGUUAACAGUCAAUUGAUUGGACAAUUGCGAAAACAACAACAGCAACAAGAGAAUAUACAGAAUGAAGAAACUAUGCCGCCUAAUCACAAAAAUGAAGAAUACAAAACAAAUGAGCAAAUUAAUAAUAAUCAUUAUAAUCAAAAAUAUUAUCAAGAUCAUGUUCAGAAUCGACAAAAACAACAAUACAAUCACCAAAAACAUGCACAGUUACAACAAUAUGAAGAACGCCAGAAUAAAUAUGAUAGACAACAGAAUCAUCAACAAAAUAUUUACAACAACAAACGACCAUUGAGAAUUAUGGUGCCAGAUGAAAACGAUUAUAGCAAUACCGAACCACAAAAUGAUGAAAAAAAAGAAAAUACAGAAAUUGAAUACGAGUAUGAGAACGACGAGGCGGAUAUUGGAAAUUCGCAAUCAUUCGACGAAAGAUCGUCUUAUGACCAAUCAAAUGCUGAAUUUGGAUCACGUUUGAGUCCCAAGACUGGAAUAUAAGUUUUUUUUUUAAUAUUGUAUAUAUUAUUGUACGUGAAUAUUUAUUACAAUUUUAUUUAUCGGUUAGUUUUAUUCUUACGGGGGUUUAAUCAUAAUUAAAUGAAUUAAUAAUGAAUAAGAUUUUUCUUGGAUGGAAAACUUUACAUUGUUCUUUACAAGAUUCCGACGAAACGUCUUUUUUUUAAGAUUAUAUUUUAAAAUUAAUAUUUUUAUAUUUUCAUCGAUGAAAUAUUAAAGACACGCGAAUUUAAUUUAUUUAAAUAUUAUUUAUUAUUAGACGAAAUUAUUUGUAUUUAAUUAUGAAAAAAAUGGAUAAAAGAUAUUGCCAUUGAUUUAGAGAACUCAUUUUUUAUUUCAAUCAUUGCGCAUCACCAACCUGAAUUACAUUUAUAUAUAUGUACAUUUAUAUAUCAUUGAGGUAAUCUAUUUAUAUAGUACAGGAGUCAUUCUGGUUAUAAACAAAAAUCUACGGAGAUUCUAUCUUUCAAGGAUCUUUUUUUUUUCCGUUUCUUUUCUUCUUAUAAAAUUUGCCAAUAA